AGCGAGCAACGAUUUCGAGUAAAAAAAAACAUGGCGCCAGUAGAGUUAAACAUCUCUCCUGAAGUUUGAUUAAACGCCCAUAUGCUGUUUCGUUUAGUGAAUUGUCUGAGAUAUUUUCUUGGUGGCGUCAAGUAGUAGUUUUACUAGAAGAUGUUCGUGGCGAAGAGCAUCGCAGCGGAUCAUAAAGAUCUGAUUCACGAUGUUUCUUAUGACUUUCAUGGUCGCAGGAUGGCGACCUGCUCCAGUGAUCAGAGCGUCAAGGUCUGGGACAAAGGUGAUGAUGGAGAAUGGCACUGCACUGCUAGUUGGAAGACCCAUAGUGGUUCUGUUUGGAGGGUGACAUGGGCGCAUCCUGAGUUCGGUCAAGUGUUGGCAUCCUGUUCGUUUGACCGCACUGCGGCUGUAUGGGAGGAGAUUGUCGGUGAAUCCAAUGAUAAACAGCGUGGUCAGAGUCACUGGAUUAAGAGAACCACACUUGUGGACAGUCGUACGUCAGUGACCGAUGUGAAGUUUGCACCAAAGCACAUGGGCCUGAUGUUGACCACCUGCUCUGCAGACGGUGUGGUGCGCAUCUACGAGGCUCCUGAUGUGAUGAACCUCAGCCAGUGGUCACUACAACAUGAGAUCUCCUGCAAGCUCUCAUGUUCCUGCAUCUCAUGGAACCCCUCCAGUUCUCGAGCACAUCCUCCAAUGAUAGCUGUGGGCAGUGACGACAGCAAUGUCACAUACAGUGGCAAAGUGCAAAUCUAUGAGUAUAAUGAAAAUACAAGGAAGUAUGCCAAAGCAGAGACAUUGAUGACUGUGGCUGACCCAGUACAUGACAUCGCCUUUGCUCCUAAUCUUGGGAGAUCCUUCCAUGUGCUGGCGAUAGCGACCAAAGACGUCCGCAUUUUCAAACUCAUACCAUUGAGGAGAGAGAGCGCCAACAGCUCUGGUCCCACUAAGUUUGAGGUGCAAGUGAUGGCUCAGUUUGACAGUCAUAACUCUCAGGUGUGGCGCGUGAGCUGGAACAUCACCAGUACUCUCCUGGCCUCCUCUGGAGAUGAUGGCUGUGUGCGACUCUGGAAAGCCAAUUAUAUGGACAACUGGAAGUGCACAGAGAUCCUGAGAGGAGACGGGAGCCCAUUGAACGGCUCCUCUGGACACACUGCUGCUCUGAGCACCGUGGGCGUCCCUGGAGCGGCUCAGAUGGUUGUUGGGGCGGCUUCUGCUGGCAGAAAAAAAGCUCAGCUGAUGCCAGGCUAACGGCAUAACAUGGUGAUUGGCUGCUUGCUGCAUGCACACGCACAGGAUUGGACAGAGACCUCAUUGACCCCUCCUCUGCACGGUGUGACACCCGCACACUCUUCUAGCUACUAAUCUGACAGAAGCGUGUGCUGACGGCACAAUCUGUUGUGUGGCUGUUAAAGGAGCUGUGCUUUGUGUGUUCUCUUCAGUGGCACUCACCUGACAUUAGAGCAUUUUUGUAUCGUUGAAGAAAUUACACUAAACAUAAUUCUAAUAUUGACAUUCUUAUUAAUUGUUGUGAUGUGAUGCAGUAUUAACUAUUUAUUUUAAUGUUUUGACGUUUCAAAGCAUAGUUGUCUGCACCCGUUUCCAUUGACUAUAUGUGAACUCUUGCUUUUAAAGGAACAGAUCACUAAAAAUGCUGUCAUUGUUUAUUUGCCUUCAUGUUGUUCUAGAACUUUUUCUGCUGAUACACAAAGGAAAACAUUCUAAAAACCUAAUUUUAAACAAUAAAAUAAAAUCAUUUGCUCAAAAAAGAACACUACACACGUCUGCGCUGUUAGUUUGAAGCUGAUCACCAUGUAUUCUGUGGUGUGAACAGCAGAGGGAAACAUUGGGUCACUCAAACUUUAUUCUGUCUCCAAAUAUGCCUUUGGAAUUACUGGCACAUUACAUUUAAUUUGUCAAACUAACUGUAUUCUAGUAUUUCUGUACCUAUUUUAAGGUAUAGGCACAUGCACAUAUUGUUUGUGUUCAAACAAGCAACCUUUUGCAUCUCUAAA